GAAACGAGUCUGAAGCGCUUUAAGAGGAGACGGGUGUUCACAUGCACGCGCUCGAGUGAUCUGAUUCACUGUAAUGAUCUGAUCUCAGUCCAGAUCUCUGCUUCAGACCUGUCCUGAGAGUGUCCCAGAGCACAUCGUCCUGAAGAAGAGUGUGUGUGCGUGUUGUGCUGAAGCUCUGAAGAGGAUCCUGGUCUUCCUGCAGACUUUCUCUCAAGCUGGAAGACAGAAACAUGGGCGGGAAAGGAGGACGCACCCCAUCAUGCCUCCUGCCUCUUCUGCUGGUGUCCAGCAUGUCUUUUGUGAGAACCGAGUACUCGAGCUGUGGAGAGAAUGAGUUUUACAAUCACACAAUCAGCAGUUGCCAACCCUGCCCACAAUGCCAAGCGGGACAUGAGCCCUACAUGAGCUGUGGUUACGGCACGAAGGACGAGGAGUACUCGUGUGUGGCGUGUCCGGCGGGGAAGUUCUCCAAAGGGAAGUACGAGAUCUGCCGGCGACACAAAGACUGCGACGCGCUGUACCGGGCCACGGUGCUGACCACGGGCACGCUGGAGAGCGACGCGGAGUGCGGCCCGUGUUUACCGGGGUACUACAUACUGGAGAACCGGCCACGAAACAUCUACGGCAUGGUGUGUCAUUCCUGUCAAAACGCCCCACGCAACAUCAAAGAGUGCAUGCGAUCCACCCCACCAUCAUCGGGUCAAGCUCCCAGUGUGCCGUCCAGCAGCACCACUGUAUUCCAGCAGCCGGAAAAAGAUCCAACAGGACAAGGUCAUCUAGCAACGGCCCUCAUCAUCGCAAUGUCCACCAUCUUCAUCAUGGCCAUCGCUAUAGUGAUGAUCAUUAUGUUCUACAUCCUGAAGGCCAAACCCAACGGACAAGCAUGCUGCUCUGGACAAAUAAUAAAGACCGUGGAAGCCCAAACAAACAAGCAAGAGGAGAAGAAAGAGGUUCAAGAAAACGUUGUGAUCUUUGCAGAGAAGGAUGAAUUUGAUAAGCUCAAGCCUUCGUCUCCAAAACCAGUGAAGAGUGAGAACGACGCGUCGUCUGAGAACGAGCAGCUCUUGAGUCGCAGCAUCGACAGCGACGAGGAACAAGCGCAGGACAAGCAGGGCACCGCGGAUCUGUGCCUUCUGUCUCUGGUGCAUCUCACACGCGACAAAACCUGCUCCACACACACCAUCAACAACAACAACAACUGCAGCAGAGCCACCGGGAUUCACAGCAGAAGGAAAAAGAUCUUGGACUUGUACACUAAAGCCUGCAGUGUUGCGGACGGUCUGAGCCCGACGGAGCUGCCGUUCGACUGUCUGGAGCGCACCAGCCGGAUGCUGAGCUCCACCUACAGCGCAGAUAAAGCGGUGGUGAAGACGUGGCGGCACCUGGCGGAGAGCUUCGGGCUGAAGCGGGACGAGAUCGGGGGCAUGAGUGACGGCAUGCAGCUCUUCGACCGCGUCAGCACCGCGGGUUACAGCAUCCCGGACCUGCUGACCCGCCUCGUGCAGAUCCAGCGGCUGGACGCCGUCGAGUCCCUGUGCUCAGACAUCCUCGCGGGCCCCGAGGACAGCGGCCCUGCAUCAGGACACCAUCACACGCUGACGUCCCGCUGCGCUAGUGUCUGACGCACACACAUAAAGACAACAUCCUCAGGGCGCGGAGGACAGCGGCGGACACAUUCACACCCUGAAUCCCGUUUGACACACACACAUUGACAUUUAAAGUGACUAACAAAUGAGGACAGUACUCUGUUACAAUACAAGAGCUGUAACAAGUCUCAGUUCGUCUAGCACACGUAGCAAGGUUAUUUUUUUCUUCCUUUUUUAAAUCAGAAAAAAAUAAUAAUAAUAAUUGAAUAGUAUAGAAUAGGAAAAGUAAGUUCUAGUAUUAAUUGGUCAUGUGCUGACGACAAAGAUUUUGGAAAUGGCUACAAAGACUCGAAAUGAGAUGAAUCCAAAUACAUGAAGAAUCAGAUCUGGACCACACCUGAACCGGUCAGUGUGUUUCUGACUGAAGUGGACGUUCAGUAACACAACAAAACACUCUUCUACGGUCCCGACAUCUCACUUUUACUGCAAGAACAGUCUGGAGAAAGUGUGUUCGAGGUCUGGAUCUGUUGUAAUGUGUGUUUUAAGGCAAGACACUACAGGUGAAGAGGGUAAAACACGUUAACUAAUAGAUCCAGCCAUACAGAUUCAAAUGAAAAGUCUAAAUUAUGAUAUAAAAGUCAUAAUUUACAUACUAAGUUCAAAUUAUGAAAGUCAAAAUGGACAAAAAGUCAAUUAUGAGUUGUGUACUGUUGUGUAGUACAAGUUUUCUUCUCUGAAAUGUUAUGUUUAAAACACGCGCCUCAAACAUCAUCAUCAUCAUCAUCA